UCUACAAAACAUUAUAAAUGUAAACAUUUGUUUGUCUAUAUAUGUAUUUCUGCUUUAAAAUAUCUUAGAAAUACAAUGUUUUUUUUGUUUCAGCUUGUUAUUGCCCUAUCUACCCAACAGAAUAGCGUAACUAUUUAAAAAAAAAUUUAACACUAUGCCAGGAACAGAAUAUGUUGCUCAGGUCACAGAUGUUGAUAUCAAGUGGAAAGUCAGUAUGGCAGUUAGCAGUAAUGAUGUCAGAAGCUUAAAUGAACCAAUGGUAACAAUGAUGUUGGUGACCACUGAAGAGAGUGGAAACACAGUCAACAGACCAGUGGAAAUGACCUUAACAAAAUUCAAGGAAUUAUUGAGUACAAUGAAACAAAUACAGAAUCAGAUGGAAUUGGCCAAACUUGUAUGACAGCAGCUACAUGUAGUCAUAUAUAUAUAUUGGAUUCUGCCAGUUAAAUAUUAUAGAAGAACUAUAUGAAAAGCAUAUAAUUUUCAAAUACAAAAUACAUUCUUUUUAUUGGAGUGUAUUCCCAACUGCAACAUUAAAAAUUAAAGAGUUUUAGUGGCGCUUAGAAACCCACUUUGUUUAAAAUAUUUAUAGUAACACAGAUAUUUCACACUCAGAUUUAUAAGCCUACUUUUAUAAGCUGUUACUGUCAAUUAUGUUGUGUAUUGUUGCUAUUUGUUUAAUUUGCCUAAGUUAAUACGCUUAAUAGAAAAAAUAUGUUUUGCAUUUUGGUCAGUAUGUUUUGACGACCAGUAAAUAUUACUUGACUGCAGCAAUUCAAGUGUUUAAUUUUUUUCAUUUGAUUUGUAAUAAUUUGAGGUUAGCAGCAAUAGCUCACAAGUAAUGCAUAUUUAUAAAAGAUCUGAAUUUUCAAUUGUAAACUCACCAUUUUUUUGGAAGAGAUAAUUGUACUUUUGAAUGAUAAAACAAAGAAAUCUCAGUUUCUUAAAUAAUUCACAAAGCUAAUAAAUGACAUAACUGCAUUAGUUGUUGCUGAGUACAGAUAGUUGCUCCAAUAAGAUUUCCAGACAUUUAAAUGGGAUAUUGUAUUUCUAUUCAUAGAUUCAGUUAUACAGGCAUGUUAUUGAAGCUGUUUUUUUUGUGUGAAAUUAAUGUCCAGCUUUAUAUAAACUAUAGACUUGGAGGACAUUUUUCAAAGAUUUGUUCCUAUUAGGUUAAAACUUUUACUCAACAUUCUGUUUGAAACUUAAUAACAAAUCUUUUCAUUUAUAAUUAGUGUUUAAAUUUAUUUUUAAAAUCUGUAUUCAGAUAUCAAGAAUGAAGCUGAUAAUGUUGACAAGAAAC